GCUGCCAGGAGGGCUCCAAAGGGAGGAGGAUGAGGAUGAGGAUGAGGCCCCUCUGGGCUGGGCGCCGGCGGAGGGCAAGAGCAAGGCUGCCUCGCUGCCUCUUGCUGGGCUGCUGCUGGGCGGCAGGGGGCGCCCUUCUCCUGCUGCUGCUCCUCUCUCGGGGGGGGCCCCGGACUCUUCUCCGGACGAUGCACCGACGAGCAGAGCCACAGGAUCCUGGCCAGGCUGUUUUUGCAUGAAAAGUCCUAAGCACCAGAUACUGGAAGUUGAAUAUGUCAUCAGAGCAGUGCAAGGAAAAGGCCUGUCUACAUGUUCUGUGAAGUCUAGAAACUUUGGGCUGCAUGCAAGAGGCAUAAAGUGUCUUGACUACAGAAAAGGAGCCUUGACAGGGGAUCUUUGUGAAGACUUGUGUGUGGCACAGAAAUUGAUAUACAAGCGCUGCCUUUAUUACGACAGAGGUAAGAAAGUCAUCCAAGCCGACUGGAGAGGUCGCCCGGUCAUUCUGAAAUCCAAAAAUGAAAUAUUCUCAAGCUACUGCCAUCUUGGCUUCCUGGAAGAGCUGGAAUCACAGGGUAUUCCAGAGGCAGAAUUGCUUCUGAUGGUGGCUUUGGAGAUCAAGAAUGUUCUGGGCUUAGAACUUCCUAAUAACACAGUGGGACCUUUGUGGACUAAGAGGAGAGGUCCACACUGGAAAGCACAGCUAGCUAGUAUGUGGUCCUUACUCCAACAAGAAGAAUAUAUUUACUUUAGUGUAUUGCAGGACUUCAGUAAACAUGUCCUAAGGGUCAUUGGCUCUUGUGGUCACUUCUACGCUGUGGAAUAUUUGACUGCAGGACAUGCCUGGCACAAAACCUUAUUUUCAGUUGAAGAUGCUCUUGGUGCCUCCUUCUCUGGGAUUAAAAGCAAUGCUAAGGCCAUCACUGAAAUUGCAAUCAGCUUCCUGGAUAUGGUGAAUCAUUUUGACAAUGACUUCUCUCAUCGCCUUCAUCUCUGUGACAUCAAACCGGAAAAUUUUGCCAUCAGAAAUGACCUGACAGUGGUUGCUAUUGAUGUAGAUAUGGCUUUUUUUGAACCGAAAAUGAGAGACAUCCUUGAACAAAACUGCACCGGAGACCAAGACUGUAAUUUUUUUGAUUGCUUUUCAAAGUGCAACCUGAGGAGCAGAAAAUGCGGAGCAGAAAGAGCCAAUAAUAACCUUCAAGUUAUCUGUGAUAAAAUAUUUCGACCCUGGUUCUCACUAAACCUCAAAGGAUCUGCGCUCUCCUCCUCUUUGCAGCUACAGUUACAAAAAGCAGUGCAUGAAUGUGCAAAACCAAGGACCAGGGAUAUUGACUAUCUCAAGAUUGGUUCUCCAGAUUCUCUUUCCACAUUAUACCAGUUGCUUCGGGCCAGCCAAAAGGAACUUCAGAAAGCUGGCAACCCUCUUCAUCAAAUCCACCCAUGACUUACAGUUAGCCGUCAGUAUUCACAGAUUCUUCAUCUACCAAUUCAACCAUCCAUGGUUUGAAUACACACACACACACACACACACACUCUUCCAAAAAGCAAACUUCAAUUUUGCCAUUUUAUAUAAGGGACAACA